AUGCUUGACAAGCUGCCAUCAAUCAUUGCGGAAGCGCGUUACGCUGAGUUGUGGGGCACACAGCUCGAUAACGAUGACGAUAGAAAUAGAGAGAUAGUAAUCGAGAAGUUCCUUGAGCAGCAUUCCAUCUUACCCAUGCUUCGUCAAUCCAGAGCGAGCGCUUCGCUUAGGAGCGCCUUGGAAUGGAGACGCUCUGUCAAGCCUAAAUCAGCUCUAACUGAAGCAACGGACAUUCUCACAAAGACAGGACUUCAACGCCUAACACGUACGGGUAACACGCAUAUCAUGUGGAUAAUCAUCGAUGAGCAGACUAUAAGAGGCCUGCCGUUGUUAUACGAAGAGUUCAUGAAGAAACAUGGACUCGCGAAGCUUGGCAUUGCCGCCCUCGAGAACCUUGCAUCUCUGAUUCUUGAUGUCGAUCCUGUGGUUACUGGUGGUCGAAAUGUCAAAGCAUCCUGUGUUGUACAAUUCAGGCUUUCCACCUUGCCGACCGGCCGCGAUCUAGGCAUCCCAUUCCGCCGCCGGGUCCGCGACGUCCUUGCAAACACCGCCCUUGAACUUCAGAAGUAUUACCCAGGUCUUAUUGACCGCACUUAUGUUAUACAACCCUUUGAUGGAUACCUUGACACUUUGGACAUUCGGGAAAGCUUGCUCAAAAAAACUACCGUACUAAAAAGCCCUCAAGAGCUGGCAUCCUAUUUGGGUGCCGACAUACCACCUGAAUUUGGGGGCAGAGGUAUGCCACUGGACGACUGCGACGUUCUGAGCGCUAUGAGCAGUGAACCUGUUCUUCCGCCUACCACGCCAGAAGAACCCCAAGACAAGCCCCUAAAAACUGAGUCAACCGUGGACAUAUGUGAGGGAACUAGAGAAAGAGCAAUGCCGUCUCCACAUGAGAUCGUCGAUGAUCCUACGGGGGAAGGGCCCCAACCGCAAUUAAUCUUCUCGGAAGACAUUGGGCCGCCAACAAUAAUAUUGGACCCAUCUGAUCUCGAGACUGCAAUCGAGCUCUGUCCGGAUAAGAUGGGUGCGCGUCUCGUUUGGGCCGAUUCGGAUAUGAUUGUUAAGUACGGCCACGGGGUCCGGCUUGCCGAGGCAGAAGCAAUGCAUUUGGUGUCCAGCCGGACCAAUAUCGCCAUUCCCAAGUUACUCAGUGCCUACAUUCUGCAAGGGGUGUGUUAUAUAGUAAUGUCGUACGAAAAAGGGGAACCUCUCAGCGAGUACUGGGAUCGUGUUUCAGAGUUAGAGCGGCAAAAUGUCCUUACCCAGCUACGCGACUAUGUCGCACAAAUGCGGCAGAUAAAGGGUGAUUUCAUUGGGGGGAUCGACUCAUCUCCCUGUCGUGACGGUAUCUUUGAAGGAGGAUGGGGUGCCUAUGACAGUUAUUCGUAUGGACCGUACGCAACUGAGGACGAGUUCACUGAGGGGAUAGUUCAAGCCUUGAGGGAUCGGCUGCCCCCACAGCGACGAAACGGGUCGCCUGACGUUGACUCCAGGUUCUUCAAAAAUGAAUAUCUGCUCUACCAGACCGUCAGAGAACUAAAGAAGAUGAAUCAUUCCAUCGUCUUCACACAUGGAGAUUUGCAUCCAGGUAAUAUAUUGGUACGUUCUGAUAGAACUGUUGUCAUCCUAGACUGGGGUUUGGCAGGAUACUGGCCUGAUUAUUGGGAGUUUUAUCGUGCGAUGUUCAAUGCACCUUGGCGGCCAUCAUGGGAUACUAUGGUAGAAAGGUUCGUGCCGCCUUUUUAUGUCGAGUGUGCUAUUUUGCAAAAGGUGUUUGCCAUCAUAUGGAAUUAG